AUGUCGGAGUCUCUGAUGGCUCGGGUUCUAAAAGGUAAAUAUUUCCCCUCGAGAAAUUUACUUGAAGCCAAUAUCAAUUCCAAUGCCAGUUUUACGUGGAGAUCUAUAUGCUCAGCCAAAGAUGUUCUAUUAAAAGGAGUGUGUAAGGUAAUAGGCAAUGGAAAUGAUACAUGUAUCUGGACAGAUCCUUGGGUGCCUAGCAUAGAAAAUUCUAGAAUCCCACAUCGUGAGGGCGUAAUGACUGGUCAUGAACCUUAUUUUGUAAGUGACCUAUUUACAGCAGGUAGUUGGAAAGAAGACAUUUUAAGAAGCCAUUUUAAUCCUUGGGAAGUUCAAGCUAUAAAGAAAAUUCCUCUACCUAUGCAUGAUAUGGUAGAUUCGUGGAUGUGGAAACAUACAACCUCUGGUCUCUUUACUGUUAAGAGUGCGUAUUACAUGGAGUUGAUUGAAGAGCGAAAGAAAAAACCAACUUUGUCAUCAUGUGCGAACCGUCAAGUGUGGCAGCGAUUAUGGUCCUCAAAAAUCCAGCCAAGAGUUAAAAUGUUCGGGUGGAAAGUUGCUCAUAAUGGAGUCCUAGUGCGAUUAAAUCUUGUUAAAAAGGGCAUGAAGCUUGACCAAAUUUGUCCUCGAUGUGGGGAGGCCGAUGAAUCUCUGGAGCAUAUGCUGAUGUUUUGUGAAGGCAGCCGUCGGGUGUGGUAUCUAUCACCACUCAGACUGGAUGUCUCGACGGUAAGAGGGGGGAGGGUCCGUGAUUGGGUGGCCUUCCUAGAAAGUAAUAAGAAAGAGGAUGAGUGCUGGGCAUUGUUUUGGAUGUUAUGCUGGAACAUAUGGGUGGGAAGAAACGCAUGGGUGUUUGAGGGAGUGUUGCGAGAUCCCAGGGUGAUAGUGGAGAAGGCUGUGCAAGGAGUGGUGGAGGUUGCGAAAAUAAAUGAUGAAGCAGAGCUGAGGGCGAGUAUUAAUAAUACAAUGGUGAGAUGGAUCGCUCCGUCGGAAGGCGUGUAUAAGAUCAACUCAGAUGCUGCAAUGUUUGAUGGAGGUUAG